AUGUGGUAUGGUGCUACUGGACAAGGGAAAAAAAAUUUCAACCAUACCCAAUGUUGGGAGGUGGUGAAGCAUUGUAAGAGAUUUAGCAUUAUUCCAACGGCUCCAACGGUGGUGUUAAACGAGACGCCAUUCCAUGAUUCACAAGCUUCGGAUUCGCCUAUGGAAUCCCCUAUGAGUGAAGACUCACCCAUUGAAAAGGAGCCGAGGCCUAUUGGGAGGAAGGCGGCGAAGGCAAAGCGAGGAAUUAAUUCUACGAGUAAUACCUCUAAAUUUUUGGAGGAAAUUGCAAGGCAAAGCGCCUUGAGAAUUGAAAUAGACAAGAAAGUCCAAGAAGAUGAUAAGGCAAUGACAAUAGAAUUUGCUAAAUAA